ACUCUAUGCCAGAAAUCUUUUGCGAAUGAUUCAAAAAGUUUCUACCACAUUUAAAAAAAAACAUUUGACUUUAUUGACAUAUUUGUCAUGUUACUGUUAUUGAUACGAUAGUGGCAAAAAUGAUCAAAAUAAAUAUCGUAAUCUUGUUACUAAAUGCUCAUUUACAUAUUACUAAUAAUAAUAGUGAUAACGCAAACAUACAGCUCGAGUACAGACCACAGUCAAAAUAAGAUCGUUAGGCGGAAGACCGACUAUAAAGUAAAUAUUUCGAUGGUAGACGAUGAUAUCGAAAUGGACAGAAAAUUCAUUCAUUUAAGCAAUAGAACGAGCAAAUUAAGCAAAAAUUAUAAGAAGUCCCAUAGCACACUACAGUACAGAAGCCUUGACAGCAAAAAUAAAAUAGUUAUGAAUCCGAAGGCAACCAAACCCUCGCAUAACACUAGCCGUGAUAUGUAUCAAAAUAAUUCGUCAAUAAGAAGCAACUAUGGCGACGCAAAAAGUGAAGAGAAAUCUGAGAAAACUCCUCGCAUAUGGGAAAUAGAUGUCAACAAAACUGUAUCAGGAGGAGAUCGAACAAAUCUUACUAGGGCAGCGCGGGAGAUUUCCCCCGACCGGGUGUGGAGCAUAAUACAGAUAUGGCUGCUAAUUUACAUUGUUCUGGCCAUUCCUCUAUGGUGUACGAUAGGUCGCUGUUGUUGCUGUCUCGUGUGCAAGUGCUUCAAGGCCCAAGAAACAAUAAGGGAAGCUAAACUAUAUGCAAUGUGGAACCCUCCCGGAGUGCUCAGGAAAAGUGCCGGUGACGUCUUAUACACUCCUUCGGAGAGGGAGAAGGAGGCUUAUGAGGAACUUGAGCAUUUAAUAAGGACUUUGUGAGAAGGAUUAUUCCAUCGCAGUGCUGUUACUGAUUUCCUGACGCCUCGGUAAACAUUUUUUUAAAGACGGAAACCUACAAAGGUUGCGGUAGACGCAAGUAGUUUAAGACAUUAAGAACGCAAAUUAGACACUUGCAGUAGAUGGCCGUUUUUAACUAUAGGAUUUUCAAAUGCUAAUGUAUGCUAACCGUUACCGCAAUAUCUACAAUUAUAAAUAAGGAAGUUUACAUUUUACAAUUAUAAAUAAGGAAUUUUGAUAAUGUGAAAGUUCAUAACACAAUAAUGGUCUUAGUAUUAAACUACGCUUUAUCAAUAAUAAGUAGAUAUUUAUUCAAUAAAAAGUUUUACAUA